UGCAGUCCUACACAAGGGGGAGAAAAAAAGUCAGUGAGUGCAGCUAAAUGUUUCCUGUCCAAGGCAUUCAUGCACACAGCAUUUUGACAUUUUGACAGACUUUUUGAGCUGCACUAUCACCCCCAGCCCCAUUGCACGAUUCUCUCUCUCUCACACACACAUACACACGUUGCGUCUUCCAUCUCCAGUACAAAUUCCAUCGGACAUAUCAGCAUCACCCCACAAUCAGAUCAGCCUAAGAUAUCAGUCUUCCGGGUGAUUUUAUUGUUUAAUCACUGACAGUGCCAUUUAUUGACCAGUCUGCGAGUCAGAAUACUGGCAUUAUUCAGUGCACACAGUCUCAUUGUGGAGGCCUGAGGGUGUGCCACAGAGUAUAAAUAGUUGAACAAAGGCCGCUUUCGGAGAGACAAGAGGCCGAAACCUGAAACUCCAAGUGAUUCUUCCCUCUGGUAACUCUAUACGCUCCCACACUCAGAGGCUGGACAGACUCUCCAGCUAAAUAGAGUGAUUUAGAUCCUGGGACAUGAGGAGCCAAGGCAGCGCACCUUCCACUCUGCUGUUGUCAGGUUAUUCAGGUGUUUAAGAAGAACAGAUCGUCAAGAAGACCCACCAACCCACCCCUUUUUCCCUGCCCUUGUAUCAGCUGAAAAGAAAAAAGAGGAGGAGGAGAAGAAGGGGACACCCAAGUGGACCACACCCAGAGUCCCAACAGCUUCAGGAAAUAGUCCCCUCCUCUCACUUCCCAGACUGUUUUCUCCUAGUUUGGACGUCUUUGGUAUCUUUGUGCUCAUCACCAAGCUGGAAUAGCUGCUGUAGCUCUGUUUUUCCUGCCUGUGUGUUUCACAUUCUGCAGUGUGUGUGUGAGAGAGAGAGAGAGAGAGACAGAGAGAAAGAGUGUGUGUGUGGUGUGUUUUGACACCGCUGAGAGCUGCCACCAGUCUUCUUUCCUCUGUCAGGAUGUCUGCAGUGCAAGAGCUGCUGCUGUUACCUCUGGCCCUCCUGGCACUUCAAGCAUCUCUGUGCCAUGGAGCCUGUGUGGAGGUGGACUCAGACACAGAGGCCGUGGCCAACGAAGGCUUCAAACUGGGCUGCAUCUCCUGUAAGAUGAGGGGUGAGGUGCCCGCCACGGCCAGCGUGAACUGGUUCUUCAAGGCUUCAGAUGAGUCAGAGUUUUCCCCUUUAUACAGCUACGAAGAUCAAGUAGGCGACAUCAUCGACCCACGUUUCUACGAUCGUCUGCACUGGAACGGCAGCAAGAACACCAAGGACCUACAGGACGGCUCCAUCUUCAUCCUCAAUGUGACCUACAAUGACAAGGGAACCUACCACUGCAUGUUCAACCGCAUCCUCACGUACACCAACUACGAGUUUCAAACCAACACUAGCAAGAUUAUCAUCAUGAACGUGGUUCCACGACUCACCAGGGGAAUGGCAUCCAUCUUGUCUGAGGUGAUGAUGUAUGUCUCCAUCAUUGGGUUGCAAUUCUGGCUGGUGGUUGAGAUGAUUUACUGCUACAGGAAGAUCUCUGCAGCAGGAGAGGAAGCUUUGAGAGAGAGCGCGGCGGAGUAUUUAGCUAUAGCAUCGGAAAGUAAAGAUAAUUGUGCAAGUGUACAAGUGGCAGAAUAGCACUGGUCAAGGAAGAACUCAAGACGGCUUCCUUGAGGAAUCUCACGUCCACUUUCGUGCUCUCCUCUCCUCUCACCGUCACUCACCUCAUGCCAUCCUCUCCACAUUAUGGAAAAAUGGAAACAGAGAGGAGAAAGAUCUUCACAGAGAGGUUAUUUAAGUGACUUCCUUUAAAAAAAUAAAAAUGGAUGGGAAGGACUGAACUGUAUCCCAUUCUGAGGGACGGGAUGAAUGCAUCAAGUCGUGGUUCAACAGGACAGAGGAAGAGAGGGAAUUAUACUGUAUAUAGAUGUAUAAGUAUGCACAGAUAAUCUUUGAACACAUGUAGAGUAUAUUACAGGUCUACAUUGUAUAUUCACUCACUAUUUGCAUGCUUACAAACUAAUCGAAACGACUGACAAUGUGCUCAAGAUGUUGUGUCACAAUGUUUUUAGGCGUUUUCAAUCAGUUUUGUCUCAUUUCAUUACACAUAGUGUGUUGAUGUCAGGGUUUGACCGAUGUGGGUUUUAAAAGUCCGUUUUUGAACCAUACUUGUGUCAACUGUAGAUAGAGUAGAUAGAACAUUUGGACUAGAUUUAUUUAGCUUUUAAAUCCUAGUAAGACUACAUUUUAUUGCUAAUUUUCUUGCUGCUGUGAUGUAUCUCUACUUAAAUCUACAGAGCGAACAGUGCUGCAACAGCUGAUACUUUGUGGUGGUGUUUGAUUUUGACCAGUUUUACUGCCAAAAAAUAAAAUGUAUUUGGUGUUUUUACCAAAACAUUUAUUAAAAUCAGCCUGAAAAAGUCACAGAAAACCUAACUGCAGGUCCAUCAACACAACAGGCAGAUACCUAAACUUAAAAUUCACUCAAAUCUAUCAGCUGAUAAACUGCCAAACCCUACGUGAAAGGUCAAACCCAAACUGACAACACACGCAAAUCUUUUUUUUCUUCUUCAGACAUUUUUACAUACUGAAUAAGAGAGCAGGUUCUAAUUAAGCAGCUGUGAAAAUAUGAUGAACUGUCACUUAUGGAGCAGUUGUGAAAAUCAAUGAGUCAUGAUCGUCAGACAUCGGGUGAAAUGUUGCCCGUUUUAAAUGUGAAUUCUGCUACGUGAUUGGCUCGUCCCUGGAGGAAGCCUGAAGAAGUUUUCAAGUAUUCUCAGAUUUUGAGUCAUCAGCUCUCAUAUAAAAGCAAAUACAGUCAUUAGGCACUGUAAAUUGUAGGUUAAAUGUUAUAGAAAAACAUAGUACCAGUCAUGUUUUUAAUGUUUAACACUGGAAUGGGGAAGCAGCUGUGAUGAGACACUGUUUUAUCUUAAAUUCUCAGACAUCAUAGUGAUUGUUUGAGCUCUGAUUCCCUUGAUUCUGAGAGCUUAUAAUGUAUAAAUCGGGUAUUUAAGUGUCCAAAAAUGUUGAUUUUGUGCAACAAUCAUCUAAAGCUGGAACACCCUGUUAAUUAAAAAAGGAUGACUGGACUUAUCAGCAGACCACCGCCUGUUUAAAUUGGCUGAGCGUUGUAUGCUUGCAGUAAAUUCACCAGCUGCUCACAGAUUUUGGUGCUGAGAAAACCUCCUCCUACAUUAAAAUGGCAUCUGAGGGUUAAGUGUGACUUCCUGUGACAUAUGAGAUGAUUAUUCCACCAGAUGAAUUCGUAUCACACUAAACUAAAUACGGCGUUAUGUGGAAGUGUCACUUUCAGAUGAAUUCAUGUAUACAGUGGAAACUUUCCCACUGAUGUGUAAUAGCACACAAAUGUCUUAGUGUCUUUGUAGAAACUUAAGGGCUUGGCAAACCGCUAUUAUCUAACUGCCAUGGGCAAAUGUAUCACAAAACCUGUCCAGUGUGCCUCCCAGGGUGAAGCCAGUGGAAACCAAAAGGGAAAAGCAAAGAGCUGAGGCCUUGUUACAAAUCUCAAGUGUUUGUAAAAUGAAAAAAAAACUUGCUUCUUUCUCCGGGCGACCAGUUAUCAACUAUUGGCGAACACUAGAGGGCAGCCAAACACUGCCGUUCUGCAUGUUUACUGUUCAUCUGAGUUUGAUACAUUUUGAGAUACUAAGAGGGGGACACACACAAACUGAUAGAUUAAUACAAAGUAAUUGCAUGCUUACUGAUGGAAUUAGCAGAGACUGUUUCAGUACAAACAUAGAAUGUCCAAAUACAGAUUAAAAACUUGUAAAAAAAAAAUUAAGAAAACAAAAAAAGAUAAAAGAGUGAAUCUCCUUCUAAGGCCAUUCAAGAAAUGUAUACACUGCUUACUGAGUGAUUUCAUUUUUGGGUAUGCAUCAGUUUAUUUCAUCAUUAAUGCUUUUUCCUGCACAGAUGAACCAACCAGUGAAACGAUAACCACACUUCUCCCCACACUGUCGGUCUGCUUGUGUCUGCGUGUUUUCUUUCAGCAACAACUAAAAUUGCCCUUGUCACUUCAUGUGUAGGAGUGGUAAUGUUGCUUGCCAAAAAAACAGGAGAAAAGAAACAACUGAUAUACAGAAAAAAUUAAAAUUCGUAUGGGGAAAAUCACCUUGUGUCUUACUUGAAUUUGUUUGAUCGUACAGGCAGUAAAUGGUAGAAAUGUAGGUGGGUGGUAUGUACUGAGGUGUCAGGACACUUCACUCAGAUGCAUUUUCAAUUCACACUUAAAGUCCAUUUCCAUCCACGUUUUCAAAACAGGUUGAAGACAAAUGCUGGUAUAAACCAAAGAAUAACCAGCAUGUGUAAUUUUGUAAUUUGUCAACUCUCCUCAGGUCACAAAAACCCAUACAUUCCCAUUAAAAACACUAAUGACACAACCUUUGUGUAUUGAUACAGUUUGCUCUUGUAUGCUCAGUAUGCUCUUUGAAAAACAUACAGGGGCAAAAUAGUGCUGGGCACAGGGGUCAUAACCCUGCAGUGGUCAGCAGAUCUUGGUUGAGAGAAAAACAAUUUUGUAAUAAGUCAAAAUUUGGAAUAAAUGCUGAUGUAACACUU